UUGUAUAUACAGAAAACAACCGGUGACAAAAAGUCAGCAGGUAGGGAAUGGGCCACAUAUCGUGCUGGAUUCUAGUGUAAGGACCACGCGUUUCCUCAAGGCUAAUAGACUUGAAGAUCGUUGAUAUGGUUGAUGAACAUCAAGACGUUAAUCAUCUGGCUGAACAACUAAAGAAGCAGAAGAUGUCGGAACGAAGAUACAGAUCCCACCAACAACAACAGCAGAAGAAAAAGGUCUACCACGUGCUCACACCAGAGGCAACCAUCGGCAAUGCUCCUUACACUUCCCCAAGUAUCAGUGUCACAUCCACAGGGUCAGAUGAAGAGGACUGCAUCACACCGACUAACGGGAGAGUUCUGACCAUGGACGAGGAACACAAGGAGAUCUCACGGCUGCUGUACGCACUCCGCGCCGCGACAGUCAAGGAGAAAACACGGUCUAUGGUGGCAAACCAAAGGGCGGCAUCAAGUUAUGCAUCCAGGAUCGACAGGCCCGUAUCCGACUUCGUCCCUAACAGGCACACCAGCCUUCCCCGGACCAACCAGCACCCCACAUCCGCCGACACCAGCAAGUCCAGCUCCAUGCCUCAGUACUACAAGAAACGGCGGCAGCAGGAAGAUGACAUCACCACUUCCAGGGAGGACCUGAACAGGUCUCUGAAAGCUCUUGAGGACUCCUGUAAGGAUCUACAACGCCUGACGUCAUCGACGUCGUCUCCGGGACAGGAACCGAUAACCAGGGACAGGGCAGCCUCCUUCGACCCACGAUCCUUAUUGAAGAAGAGGAAGAACAAGUUGACUGUUCCAGUGCAACGAAGCAAAUCUCAGCGUUCUCCUCAACGAUCGCCCCAGCGAAAGAAGCAGGCAAAGGAAUUCGACCUCCAAAUAAGUGAAUCUAAUCUAUGGAGACGAAGGAGGAAAGGCUCACGGCCGUCCCCAAUAGGAGCUGAGGAUCCAGAUGCAUUCAUGUAUGACUCUCCAAAGAAGCGGCAUUCGUCUCCAUUCGACUUCUGGAGGCGAAGUGAGCACAAUCACAAGCCUCACAAGUGCCACUCUUGCAGGCGCAUUCUGACCGAGAGCUUUGUGGAAGGAGCAGGCAAGAGAUGGCAUCGAGAGCAUUUUGUAUGUGGAAAGUGUGCACUGCCAUUUGAACUUGUGGGCCAACCUUACUUCGAGUUCGAGGGAGUCCCCUACUGCGAGAAGCAUUACGACGAGCUGGUUGCUGACAGAUGCUAUCACUGCAACGUUCCAAUCACAGGGGAUGCCGUGAAAGUGUUCAACAAAGUAUGGUGUGAGGACUGCUUCACAUGUCCCUUCUGCGACAUCAGAUUUACGUUAAAGACGAAGUUCUUUGAGUUCGACAUGAGGCCGGUGUGCAAGCGCUGCUACCUCUGCCUACCUGAUGAGGUUACAGGCAGACCAAAGAAGCCAACCAUCACCAACUCGUUCAUGCCACUCAUCUGUGGAUUUGGUGGCAAGAAGAGAUGAGACAUGUACUCACCAUGUAGCAAAGAUCCCCAAUAGACGUUAGAUGUGUAUAAUCAUACUGUCAAUGUGGCAGAUAUUCACCCGUGGUAAUCCUUUGAUUGUUUAUGGAUAUGAUAGGUACAUAAGAAAGUGCCUAGACAUUACAAAGUUCAUCAUUCAAGGCAGUCAAUGUACAGGCUGGUAUCCUAUAGGACUUAGUCAGGUUCAAGAAAGUAAUAGUAGCAAAAUAACAUUUAGAGUAGGAGAUACAUGAUGGCUUCUAUUUUAUGCUUUAAUAGAGGGAAAAUAGUUGUAGAGUAAUGUAUUACAUUGUAUAAGCUGAAUGAUUUAUU